UUAUUUUCAUUGCGGUUAAUUUGCUUUGCCGGUGUUUUUGUCGGAGCUGUGGAUUUCACUAAUGGAUUCCCCAGCCGGUCCAUCCACAACUCGUGGAGAACGCGGCAUAAAAGGGUCGCGGGGUGGUGGACGAUCUUGGCGUGGCUUUUGGAAACCAUAUAAUCGUAAUUUUCGUGGGCCUCCUCGUGAAAAACCUUUAGGUUAUGGUCUUCCAAAAAUGCCACAGGAUGGUGAGACAGAUAAUUCUGUCGCUUUCCCAAGCAUUUCCCAAGCAACUAAAUUGCUUACGAUUAUGCUGGAAAAUGAACCUUGUGAAUAUCUCGGCUGGAAAUUAUAUUUUCCACAGGAAGCAUAUUUUGAAGGUUCGCAGACGCUAAACAAAGUUCAGACAAUGGAACGUCUCUACAAAAGAAACGCUACAGUGUACGAUGUAGAUGAAAUUCGGAAUAAUUUUUGGUUCGAGUUGAAUAUAGAAACUGUGGAAAAUGACGCUGAUAUUAAACGGGAAUGGCCAACAUUUCGUCAGGAUAUGGCAGAUAAUCCGGAGCAUACGCUCUCGGUGUGUGGGUUAGCUAUGCACCAGAAUAUAACAAAACUGAUUUUACAGGACGAUAGUUCACAACUCUCCGAACUGUCUGCAUCUGGCAACAAACUUAUGUUGCAACCGAUUCGGCCCCGAGUAAUUGGUCACGGUCCUGAAGGACAUUUGCGAAAUAUGAAGGUUAAUAGUUUUGGUAAGCUUAUAGCAGUUCGUGGGACAAUUAUUCGAGCAGGACCUUCUCAGAUAGUUAACACUUGGAUGGCAUUUCGAUGCUCACUUUGCCAAGGACAACAAGUUAUUCGACAGACAGACGGAGUUUUUGUUGUACCUACUUCAUGUAGGCAAGGCUGUAGAGCUAGGAGCAAUUUCAUUCCACUGCGAUCCUCGAUUUUCACGCGAACAGAAGCUUUUCAAACAGCUCGAUUGCAGGAGUCUAUGCUUGGAGCUCGUUCCGUGCAUGGCCAGGUUCCUAGAAGUAUUGAGGUUGAACUUACCCAUGAAUUGGUCGAUUUAGUGUGUCCAGGGGAUGAUAUCACAAUAACGGGUAUUCUGAAGGCACGACCACAAGAAGAAAGUACCAUGAAAGCUAAAAGCACCGCUAGUAUGUACAAAAUGUACAUGCAAGCCGUGGGCAUUAGAAGUAACAAAAAUUCAAAGACUAGUUGGCAUAAGGCAGGCGAUUUCACUGAUUUAGAUCUUGAAGCUAUCCAAACCAUUCGCGCUGAACCCUGUCCGUUUCGUCUUAUGGUGCAUUCUCUGAGUCCUAACAUUUAUGGUCAUGAAAUGAUCAAAGCUGGACUUCUGUUGGGACUCUUCGGUGGCUCAUCUCUUUGUGGAAGUCGACGUUCUGAAAUUCAUGUCCUAAUCGUAGGUGAUCCUGGAAUUGGAAAAAGUCAAAUGCUUCAAUCGUGCGCCGACGUUUCUCCGAGAGGAAUAUUUGUUUGUGGAAACAGCACCUCUAACGCCGGUCUAACCGUGUCAGUAAGGAUGGAAAAAGGAUCUGGUGGAUCAUUGGAAGCCGGUGCUCUUGUUUUAGCCGAUCAAGGUGUCUGUUGUAUUGACGAGUUUGACAAAAUGUCAGGCAAUCAUCCGGCGUUGUUAGAGGCAAUGGAGCAGCAAGUGGUAAGCGUUGCCAAAGCCGGUGUCAUUUGUUCACUACCAGCACGAACGUGUAUUUUAGCAGCAGCCAAUCCAGCCGGAGGACAUUACGAUAUAUCAAAAACCGUAAUUGAAAAUAUCAAAAUGAAACCUGCUCUUUUGUCUAGAUUCGACUUAGUGUUCAUUCAACUAGAUCGACAUGACGCUCAUUUGGAUAAUAUUCUGACCGCCAACAUUCGUCGUUUGCACGGUGUUACAGAUGGUCAGAAUCCACAUGGAGCUGCCUUCCAAGCAGUUCUAUCCGGUAUGAGUGGUGUCGAUUCGGGAAGCAUACCCGAAGGGGCCCCGUUACAAGAUCGUUUAAAAUUGAGAGGUGGUGAAAAGUUGGAUCUAUUGCCUCCUGAACUUUUGCAAAAGUAUAUUGCUUACGCGCGGAAGAACGUAAAUCCAAAACUAACGGAGGAAGCAGCGGAUGCGAUAAAACAUUUUUAUGAAGCUUUGAUCAGUGCUCAGCAAGGUAUGGAUAAACUACCGGUGACCACUCGGCAACUGGAAGCACUCAUACGUCUCACUCAAGCUCGUGCACGGAUUAAUAUGGAAUCGGUGGCUACGAUCAAGCACGCCCAAGAUGUUAUCGACAUACUGCGGUUCAGCAUGGUCGAUGUGUUUAGCAAUGAAGCGGGUGACCUGCAACCGAAUCGACAGAUGAACGGACUCGGCACCAGUCAGGCUAGUAUGGUGAAACGGUUCACACAGGUACUGCGAGACAAAUCGAGAGCACUGAAUAAAACCAUUUUCUCAGUUACCGAGUUAAAGCCAUUAGUCGGCAGUAUGGGGGCCGAAUUUAAUCGGUUUCUUGACACGCUUAACUGUCAUGGUAUUCUAUUGAAGAAGGGUAAAGAUCUGUACAAAUUCAUGGAUAAUUGAGUACAUUCCGAAUGUGCUGAAUAUGUUGAUUUAUAAAUUAUUUCAAAUAAAUAUUGUU